CCAGGGGUGAACCAUGCAAUCAGCUGGUUGGAGUGAACUGACCAUACUGACCUACUGGAUUCAAAGAAAGGCGCAAUUUGUUCAUGAGCCAUUUGGAUAUUUGAGUGGUGAUCCAUGGCGUUGUUUGAAGUGUGGCAAAGGUGGGACCUUGCCCAAUCCUUUCCAAGGUCCUGUUUGUGGUACGGUGUGACGUAAGGUGUCUGAGGGUUUCUGUGUGAUUGACAAUCGUCCAGAGUCCAAAGCAACACUUAAGCAGGAAAACUGCCAGUGUCAUUGCUUUGCAUACUGGUGGCCAAUCAGUGCAGAUGAUGCAUACUGCAUACUGGUGUUCACCUCGUUGAGCACGCUUUCAAGCUGCCAAAUUUGACCACCCAAUCGACCACUGUUUUCUUUGUUCGGCCGGCUUUACUUGAUGGCUCAAGCUUGGCAGUGCAGCCCUGCGCAGGGCGCCCUGAGCACUUAUGUUCGACUCCUUGUUUCAACAAAUGUUGCUUUUUCGGCCCUUCAACCGAUGAGCCGGAUUUCGGCUGUGGCUCUCUUCAAUGAGAGCUAUGAGGUGGGAUCCUUCUGUGCCAAGAUCAAUGAAGCUUACUGCCAGCGGCAUGGCUACCGGAUGUUCACGCUGAGGCUUACGGAUGCCGAGAUGAAGUUGUUAUGCGAGGGUCGACACUUUGCUUGGGGCAAGGUGGCCCUGCUUCGAUGGCUCUUUGGGAAGAAGAAAAGGAGGAAUGAGACAGAUGAGACGAAUCUGUUGGAGAGCAAGAUCAGCGAGGAAGACUGCUUGCAGCUCCUUUCGGCAGAUUGGCUCGUUUGGUUUGAUGCGGAUUUGAUGGUGCUGAACCAUGAAUGGCCUCUCUCAAAGUUCCUGUCUGGCAACAAGGAUCUUGUGCUGGGCGAGGACAUGGCAGACCUGGACUGGCUGAAUACAGGCCUGAUGAUGUGCAAAGUUGGCUCCUCCUGGAUGCAAAGCCUUUGGGACAAGGUUUGGAGUUCUGGUGAUUCUUCCUUCCACCAGGGCGAGUUUUGGGAUCAAAGUGCCUUAUGUGCCUGUUUGGCCCGUUGGGGUGAGUUUCAUCCGACAGUGGUGGGUGGCAAGAAGAUGGUACAAGUGGAACCGCCCAGAGAACCUUGGUUUAGCUGGCAAGGCGCUCCACGUGUGCGAGAGACAGAGCACAUACGUGUCUUAGAUGCAAGUGGCACGCAGACAAACAAUCCGCGACAUGCACGCUUUGCAUUCCAUGCCGCAGGGAUGAAGGAUAAACUACGUUGCUGCCGCCACAUCCAGGACCUAUGUGGAUCGGCGGUCCACCCAUGGGGCUGGCCACAGCCUGAGAGGCGGACCUGGCCAUCCGAGAAGCGGGUGCGAUUCCUGGAACGGUGGGUGAAGCAAUCCGAGCCAGCACUUUUGCGCACCGAGCUGCCCAAGGAUGGAGGCAGUCUUCCAUCCUUAGACGAUCUCUCCGAGUCGGGCGACCAGCUGGUGGAGAUCUGGGACCGGGCACCGCCCUGCGCCGCUGCCGCGCCGCCCGGCGAACGGCCCUGGAGCCGGCGGAGCCGGGCGCGGCUCUGGGAGAUGGCACGGUAUGUCGCGGGAAGUCCGCCCGCACAGCAUGGGGCGCUGCAGCAGAUGAGUCCUCGGCGAUGUUGGCAAGUCUUUGGCAUGCCAUGGAUGGAUGUGAUGGGGAAAAGCGGCGGGGUCACCUCUCCCGCUCCGUCACUUGGCUCGCUCCUGGCACUCGACACCUGCACCUUAAACCUGGCGCCACCCAAUGCCGAGCUGCAGAUGCAUCGUCCCAGGGCUGGGGACUCGGGCUGGCUGCUGUGGCAAUUGGAAGGCAAGCAGCAGGUGGUUCUGCUGCCGAGCAAUGCUGUAGUGAACUCAAGCCUCCUGGGACCAGAUCAGUGUAUCUACUCACCUUGGGAAGAUGAUGGUUUGGAAGCCUUUUCUUCAGUGCUCGCUGCUGGCGAAGCACUUUGGGUCCCGCCCGGCUGGUGGUACGCGACCCGCUGCUUGUCAGCCUCGCUGUGUUUGGCCGCUCCCUUGGGCCAGGUGGAAGCGCUGCCACCGUUGCCAUCCAUGACGGACGAGGUGCUGCGGAUCACCACGGACUUGCUGUCCACGGAACCCCAGGCGGUCCGAAAGCGGAUCUGGCGACCUGGCUCCGGUGCGACGGCGGCGCGGUCUGCCCGGAGGUGCAACGCCGUGUGCCACUUGGAACACUAUGUCAGGAGUGGCGCUGGAAGCUGGCACUGCGUUAGCAGCUCACGCGCCUCGGCACCGGAGGUCUUCCAUCUGGGAGCUGAUACGAGCUUGGGGUUCAUGGAAGAGAUCUUGCGCUCGAUGCUUCACGGAGAACGGUCCUUGGUGGCUGUGGUUUCGCCUCAGGGUGGGGAGAAACUCUUUGAUCUGGAGCUUCUACAUGUAGUGCUGCCGGAAGCGCCAGAUGAUGUGCCAGAUCUUUUUCACCAAUACAUGCGAGCCUGGUCGACUUGGUUUGAGGAUCCAGCCGGAUGGCAACCCCUCCCCGCCUUGCCGCCGAGCCCAGUGCCACUUUGCCAACGAUGUGGUGCACCCAAUGCUUGUGCCCGCUGCAGUGGUUGUUCGGCAGCCUCAUAUUGCUCCAAGUCCUGUCAACGAGAAGAUUGGCGUUACCAUCGCAACAACUGUUCUGUAAAAGCAAAAAGGAGCCUUUUCUCACACUGA